CUCGCAGAUCGUGAUGCCGGCGGGGCGGACGGAACGACAAAGUUGCGCCCCCCGAUAUAAAGUGCAUGUGUGUAUAGGUGAUGUGCUGUACUCAUAUGUGUUAUAUGCGGUCUGACAGAGAGCUGUGUGUGAGUGGAUGAAAUUCUAGGGCGUGUGAUACCAAAUCGAGAAACCCAGCGAAUCCAAACUGACCAUCGAAAUCAGCGUAGUAGAGAUCUCGAUGAGCGAGGACAAUGGGCAGUCUUUAAAGAAAUAUAACCUAAGCGAUUAUUCAAACCGUAUUCCAUAAUGACUUCUACCUUUCCUUUUUGUUCCCCAUCACUAGUGUGGCCCGCACAUUCCACCUCCAACACCACGCUUCCAGCUACUACUCUUCCUCAUACUAGUAGUGGUGGCUAUCUGGAUUAUCCUUCCUUGUCGCCGCCAAUGGAUUUGUUUGUCAACAGUCUCACCGAGCUGCUCCAAUGUCCUGUUUGCAAUAAUGACCUGCGUGACCCAGUAACGUUGUCGUGUGGUUACACUGUAUGCCAAGUAUGCAUUCCAGUACCUAUUCAAGAUCGCAACAUCCACCAACCUGUCUUUAUAUGCCCCGUUCCUGACUGUCGGUACUCGACGCAUCUUUUUGGACGUUCGCAAGAAUCGUGCAUUGAUUCGGUCGUACAAAGUCUGUGCUUGAUCGCGCACCGCUCAGCAUUAUCAAUAUGUCCACGAUCAUCAUCAUCAUCAUCAAUCAAUAUUAUGUCAACACCUACAUCCGCCUCACUAGCAUUACCGAUCGCUAAGGGUAAACAGCUCGCAACGACAGCAGCCACAGCAACGACGGCAACCGAUGCCCAGCAACAGGUCUCUAACUUGUUGCAAUGCCGAAAAUGCCACGACACGUUCCAUCAGCCAUUGACAACACACUGCGGCCACGUGUAUUGCCGUCUUUGCUUGCUGAAGCUCAAGAUUGAAGGUGAAUCGUGUCCUGAAUGCCAACGACCGUUGCCACGCUACAACCACAUCCAAAACCAAGCUGCCGACAACCGAAUUCUCGCACGGCUUCUCCAGCUACUCCAACAACACGAACGAAUUUUCCAGGCGCCAAAUACGUCGGCCAUCCCCAUGUUCGUGACAGGCCAAGUGAUUCUACCGCAUCAGCACGCACGGAUCCCCGUCUUUACACCGUCGCAUAUCCGCAUGCUCCGCCACGCCAUUUUCGCAUCGCGUCAGCACAACGCGCUCUGUCUACCAGCAGUACAUCGUGGCCGACCCAACCUGUCACAAUACGGCACGAUUGUCCAGAUCGUCUCGGUGGAACAAAAGACGGAUGGAUCGACUAUCCUCGACGUCCGUGGCUGCGAACGGUUCCGCACCUACACCGCCGAUCACGAAGAGGAAAAUAUGGAGGAUGUGUCGGUCUUGAUCGCCGAUAUCGAUCUUGUUCCCGAAGUCGCUGUCCAAGACGCUUGGACUGACGAACUUGCGCUGCAAAUCCACACGUUUAUUCAAGAGAUAGCAACAGUGCCACCGCUGGAAGGCGUGGUUAGCACCAGCACCAUGGGAUUACUGGGUCCGCUCUGGUUUGAAACAAUGGAACGUAUCCAUGGACCGAUGCCGGCACGUCAUCAAGCAGCCGCACUUACAUGGUGGGCGGCCGUGAUUCUGCCUGUCAGCGGGGCGGAAUGCUAUGCGCUAUUGCGGACGAUCAAUUUGCAGGACCGUCUUGAGCUUGUACUCUCGUGGAUCAAGCAACUUGAUGGCCAGUGGAAACGAUGUCGUCAAACGGCUGUAAAUACCGUUGCUGCUGCCAUCCAGCCGCAAUUGGAGAACUAGUCCACAACGACAACAACCGCAGCGUACUAUACACUCGUUCCUCUUCUAUGCUGCUAAUCUACAACCGCACACACUACCAGCACCCAUAACAACAACACGUUUGCCCCACUCAUUCCUACUUUUUUUUACCAACACUAUCAUU